AUGGAACUCCUCUCCACAAAGGGCAAAUUCUUCCCUAACUACAAGUGUGAUGUCCAGGACAAUCUUAUAGCAGUCAUUGGGGGACCUAAUUUUGAUGUUGAUCUCAAUAUGGCAAUUAUGCUGUGGAACUACAAGAUUCCACAGCUCCCAUAUGGUUCUGCUCUUGUAGUAGAUUGCAAAGAUCAAGGAGUCUUCUUUCACCAGAUGUUCCCAGAUGUGGACCACCAGUAUAAAGGGAUUCUCCAGUUACUUCUUCAUUUCAGGUGGACAUGGAUUGGGGUGUUUUAUCUGGAUGAUGACACUGGAGAGAGGUUUUCCCAGAUUGUGCUUCUGAUGUUUUCCCAGAGUGGCAUCUGCUUUGACUUCAUAGAAAAAUUCCCCAAACUCUCUUUUUCCGAUGACGUUCCUCAAAUGGUGGAAAAUGGAAUUGAAAAAUCAAAGAUGAUCAUGAAUAGCACUGCUAGCGUCUUGAUUGCACAUGGUGAAAUUCAGACCAUGAUUGUUGUGAGAAUGUUGCUAUUCAUUCCAACAUUUAUGGACAUGCCACUUAAUACAAAAGUCUGGAUUAUGACAGCCCAGAUGGACUUCGCAUCUCUUCCCUUUCAGAGUAAUUGGGACAUAGAUUUCCUCCAGGGUGCUAUAUCAUUUGCAGUAAGUUCAAUGGAGCUGCAGACAUUCCAUAAAUUUCUUCAUGCAAUAAAUCCUACCUUGGAAAAGGAAUAUGACUUUAUCAGAGUCUUCUGGGAACGUGCAUUUAGCUGCUUAUUUCCAGGUCCUCUGGUAGACAACAUGGGUGGGAGAAUUUGUACUGGAAGGGAAAAGCUGGAGACUCUCCCUGCCUCAGUUUUUGAAAUGAGCAUGACCGGCCACAGUUACAGUGUCUACAAUGCUGUCUAUGCUGUGGCGCAUGCUCUGCAUGAAAUUUAUCUGUUCGACUCCAAGCACAGAGGAAGAGCAAAUAAAAGAAGCUGCACCAUUAUCUGA